AUGGUCCGUGAGGAGUUUGAAGUGCACCAGUUUCUGCUUGGAGUUUCCCAUUGGCAGUCAGCCGAGAGUAAUGCAGGAGUACCCGAAAUGCCAGUUGACGAGUUCUUCAUUCAUAAUGAUGGCGAUGAUGUCGAAGAGGAUGACCAUGAUGGUGUUGGUGCAUUUGACAAUUUGAAGGAAGAAUUGCAGAAUAAAAUUUUCCAGGAAAAGGAAACGAAGUGGCCACCUAAUAUUUUCAGCAUGGAAUCCGGAGAAGUCGACCCACCUGCCCCAGAUUUCAAGAAAGCUUAUCGACGAGAAAACCCAAGGUUGGAAAUAGAAUCCAAUGCGUCAUCUGGCAAUGAAAAAAUUGUUGCUGGAAACAUUGAAGGGAAGAUAUCCCAGGAGAACGGGAGUUUCCAAGCGAUGCCCUCGAAUCUCUGGAAUUUCAGGUCAGCAACGAGGAAGGAAAAGGAAUGGAGGAGAACGUUGGCGUGUAAGCUCUAUGAGGAGCGGUACGGCAAUGAGGAUGAUAAUGAAGAAGGGAUGGAUCGGUUGUGGGAGCGUUACGAGGACGAAUCAAACCAAAAGAGCAGCGAGACAAAGUCAGGGAAGGAAAGAAAAUGGACAGGCGACUAUGAAGACGAUGGUGAAGUUGGAGUGAGCGAAGAAUUGUGUUGCUUGGAGGCAAUUAAGUUAUCAGCGGGGAAGGUGAAUAAUCUGGGACUAGCGAGGCCCAAUUUGGUCAGGAUUUCCAGGGCCAUCAAAGGGAUUCGGAGGUUGCAUCAGGUGGCUACGCAUAGCAAGAAGAACUGA